AUGACGCUAUCCAUCGAUCCAAUCGUCCAAAAUGACAGCGGACCGUUUGGAGAAGUAGAAACCCACUCCAACCUCAUCGGACGUAGGAGCGGGGCUGAAAACUCGCCGCUGCUUGUAUCAUACAACAAUCGCGAUCCCAACGAGACGUCCAACGCCCGCAACCACUCCAUCUAUGUCACGGCCAAGUAUCUAUCUCGCGUCGCCGUCAAGUGCUUGUGUCAAACCUGGCACGUCACGAAGGUGUCGCUCUGUAGCUCUAAACUCAAUCUCCUUCUACCCAUGCUGCCCCUUUCUGGCGUCGCCAGAUCACUCCAUUGGGGGCCGACUGCCGUGUUCGCCAUCAACUUCCUUGCCAUCAUUCCUCUUGCCGCAGUUCUCUCGUUCGCGACCGAGCAAGUAUCGGUAAGGUGCGGUAAGGAGGUGAGCGCGUUACUCAACACUACGUUCGGAAACGCGGUCGAAGCUGUCAUAGGUAUCGUUGCUCUAAGGAAGGGCCAUAUCGACGUUGUCCAGAUGGCCAUGCUCGGGUCUAUUAUCUCCGAUUUGCUUUUGGUCACAGGGAUGUGCUUCUUUCUCGGAGGCAUCGUCAACAUGCGCCACCAAAUCACCGGCCAAGGUACCGAACAGACGUUUGCCACUGGAAGGGCGCAGAUAUUCUGCUCCCUCAUCGCUCUUUCCUCGAUGUCUCUUCUGAUUCCUACAGUGCUCUCUGCUGUGUUGGGGAACGACGACAGUUUCGAGAAGGAGCGCAGC